UCAUCCUUGAGAUGAUUUAAAACAAAAAAAAAAAAAAAAAUUUUUAUAAAUUGAGAAUGAAUUGAAUAUGUGCGGUUGCACAAACCCAGAAGAGCUUGUUACGUGUUGCACAAAUGUAUGUGGAGAAUAGAGACAAUCAAUAAACGAAAGAUAACUUAAACGGCCUUCAGUAUCGGCAUGGAAGUUGUGACGACAAACAGCGCUAUGACAACGGCCACCGGAGCGGCAGGGGAAUCCACAUCGCCGCCAUCCAGCAACGAAGCAGCGGCUGGAUCCCAGAGCGAUGCCUCCGAAGAGGAGGAGUACCUGGACAACAGCAUUGAGCUUCGCGGCUAUCUGAGCAAGUGGACCAACUACAUCUACGGUUGGCAGCCACGCUAUAUUGUCCUCAAAGACGGCACCCUUUCCUACUACAAAUCCGAGUCCGAAUCGGAUUUCGGCUGCCGCGGCGCCAUCAGCCUGACGAAAGCAACCAUUAAGGCCCAUGAGUCGGACGAGCUGCGGUUCGAUGUAGUUGUGAAUAACUUGAACAACUGGUGCCUGCGUGCGGAGACCAGCGAGGAUCGCAUGCACUGGGUGGAGGUGCUCCAGCUGUAUAAGGAGGACACUGGCAGCACGGACACCACCUCGCUGCGACGGCACGGCAGCACCAUGUCCCUGCAGUCCAACACCAUUUCGCUAACUAGCGGCGGAAGCCUCAAGAAGACCCAGCGCAACUUACGCGAGAAGGUCGGAGAGUUGGAGACCUUCAAGGACAUUCUUUUCGGGCAAAUCGAAACGCUGCAGCGCUACUUCGAUGCCUGCUCGGAGCUAAACAAGAGCAAUCCCCAGCCACUGGAUUUGGGCGAUGGCCUCAAGUGCAUUGAUUUCAAGGGCGAAUCCAUCACGUUUCGGGCCACAACAUCCGGCGUGCUGACUACUCUCCAACAUUGCCUGGAAAUCAUAGCAGAGAACGAUGAGUCAUGGAAGCGAAAACUGGAGCGUGAAAUUGAUAAGCGCCGUCGUUCUGAGGAGCAGAAUAAAAGAUCCAAGGACGAAAUCGAAAGGCUGAAACGCCUAUCAUAUCCUGGCCCAGAUUUCGAGGAGGGCCCACAUUCCACAUUACCAGAGGAUGAGUUCUUCGAUGCUGUUGAAACGGGGCUGGACAAAAUCGAGGAGGACAUGCAGCUGCGCUUCAAACUGAAACUGCAGUCUCAAAUUUCACAGACACUGGUGAAUGUGCCUCACGAGGCGGUGGCCGAGGGUGAGGAGGCACGCGAGGAGUUCGGCACUGGUGCAGAGGCGAAGUGCCAUACCCUGUGGCCCGAGAUUGAUCGCGUUUGCAAGGAGCAACUGCACUAUGCACGCGAGGGUGUCGGCCAGGAUGGCAAUGGGUGGCAAAUCUUUGCGGACGAGGGAGAAAUUAAAAUGUACAAACGCGAGGAAGAGGUCAAUGGCCUGGUGAUGGAUCCCCUAAAGGCCUAUCACUCUGUGCAUGGUGUGACUGCUCGUGAAAUGUGCCAUUACUUCUUUAUGCCCGAAUUCCGCAAUGAUUGGGAAACCACCUUGGAGGACUGCACAAUUCUGGAGAAAAUCUCAGCAGACACUCUGCUCUUUCUGCAAACCCACAAACGCAUCUGGCCGGCAAGCCAGCGCGAUGCACAGUUCUGGUCGCAUAUGCGCAAAAUCACCGACAACCUCGAGCCGGGGGCCCGGGACAUGUGGGUGGUGUGCAACAACUCCACGGAGUAUGCCAAGCAAGAGUCUAAGAAUGGCAAAUGCGUGCGCAUCUUCCUCACCGUCAUACUGGCCUGCCAAACCCACUUGCCCGAUGACUAUGUCAAGGGUCAGCCUUUGAAUCGCAAAGAUUUAACCUGCAAAAUAACCUACUGCUCUGUGGUGAAUCCUGGUGGCUGGGCGCCGGCAAGUGCUCUGCGUGCUGUGUACAAGCGCGAGUAUCCCAAGUUUCUAAAGCGCUUCACCGGCUAUGUAAUAGACCAGUGCAAGGACAAGCCCAUUAUGUUCUGAUAUUUGCCAUUAGCAACAAAGCAAUCAAAAUCAAUCAAAGUUGAAUCGUAUCCUGUAUUUAGCUUAGAGUUAUUCCUUAAGAUACCAGAUAAGCCCCCUCUGGAAUCGUUUUUGCUACAUCCGAAAAACCCAAACCCAACUCCAGCUUAUAUUUUAUACGUGUUAACAAACUGAGUUUUACAAGUGUUCGCCUCUUUCUGUACUCCUACGUGUGUUCGAAAUGUGUAAACGAAAUGUUAGAGUAAACAUCCUUUUGCCAUUCAAAAAAACCACUACUAAGAUUUAAUGUAUUCUGUGUCUAGCCCUAAGUUACGUGUAAGUGAAACACAAUUAUUGUAUAGCUCUAGUUCCGAAAACUAUCGAUUUUUCAUGUGUAUAUCUUUAUGAAAAUGCUUUAAGUGCAACUAUUGCAAACAAGGAUGUGGGGGAUUAGGUCCGAAUAGAAGUAGUGUGUAAGGAGGACGUUUUUUUUGUAUUUUCUGGUGUACCAUAUCUAAUGCAAA